AUGGCCGGUAUAAUGAAGCUCCCGACGCCUUGGAGGUGCCUUGUCCUCCUGCUCUCCAUCUUCCAAGUGGCGGCCGCAGCCAGCGACAUGGUUCGCGUGCUUACGCCCCGACAGAGCCCAAGUGCCAACACGCUCCUCAACCCAAUCUGCGAAAAUUACUCAAAGGUGGCCAACCUGUCCGUCAUUGGCCUCAACUCGACGUAUCGCGCAGCGUUUCUGCGCUCGGCACCAAUGGGCACGGAUGCAGCCUCGAGCAUUCUGGAUACGCAGUCGCCAAAGUUUCCCGCCAUGAUGAUGGACCAGAAUCUGAAUGCGCAAUGCGGAAAUCUGAGCACCAUUGCUUUUACUGAAGCGGCCAACAACUUCACCAGCGGCAUCGUCGCGGAUCUGGUCAUUCAGCCAGCGCCUGGUAUUGGGGUCAUUGGGCCUGAGACGCCGCUCGUCGUCAUCACCAUUGUCAUUCUGUUUGGUGGCAUGUUCAUUUCCCUUUAA